AAUACGUGACGUCACAUGUCAGCUACCGAAGAAGAAGACGCCACUUCCGUGUUGCGACUCAGAAAUGAGCGGAUUGUUAGCACGAACCGCCUAACAAUAUUUCUCGUUUUAAGAGCGUAAAUUUAACAUUCACACAAAGUUUAACUCGUUUUUGUGUGAAUGUUAAAUACAAAAAAAAACUCACUUUAUAACACGUAUGACGUUGAAUGUCGGCUAGCUAGCUGCAUGACGGACUUGUUGGGAGUUGUCUAAAGAAGAGCAACCCCACAAAGGUCGGCAGGUAAGCGGGGAAAUGAUCCUCCUUUUACCCGCCAGGAUGUUCUUCAUCCUCCUCUUCGCCUACCUGACCGUGGCUUGGAGUCAGGAGGUGGACGACGACUGGGUGGAUCCGUACGACAUGCUCAACUACGACGCCACCACCAAAACCAUGAGGAAGCCCGUUGAGCCAGCGAGACAUUUUAAUGGAGAAACUUCAGUAGACGCGAGCGUUUACGACCCUGAUCAGACUGAUAUGACGUCAUUGUGCAACAAACAAGUGGCCGAUUUACGAACUCAGAUUCAAGUCAGAGAGAAGAGAGUGGAGAGCCUUCUGCAGCAGCCCACCUGCAACCCAGUCUUUAAAAGGUUCAUCAGGAGACUUGUGAAAGACAUUAACAGACUGGGAUUGCCUGCAGACUCUACAGAGCUGCAUUACGACGCCCACAUCAAAGUGUCCAGACAAGGCGUGUCAGAGAUGGAGAUGUUCCUGGAAGGAGAAGAGAGCUGGCAAACAGGAGCUCUGGACAGCGCCCUCAGCCAAGUUCUGGUGGACCUUCGAGCGCACGACUACCCAGCCUGGAGGUGGCGCUUUGAAGACACCUUUGGCGUGGAGCUGGACACGCUAUGGAAGUUGUCGCUGGUAGUUCUGGUCCUGGCGGUGGUCGUGAGCACAGAGCUGUGGUCUUGCAUCUCCUGGUUUGUGCAGUGGAAGCGCAUCUUCGUCGUCUGCUUUCUCGUCAGCAUCGUGUGGAACUGGGUGUACCUGUACAAGACCGCCUUUGCCGAGCACCAAAAGAACAUGGUGAUGAUGGACAGCAAGAACGACAAGUGCACGGGAGUGAAGGCCAUUGACUGGAGUGACAAUCUGAAAGAGUGGUUCAGAAGCACGUGGACUUUGCAGGACGACCCUUGCAAGAAAUACUACGAAGUCCUGAUGGUGGACCCCAUUCUGCUGGUACCUCCCACCAAGGCCAUUUCAGUAACCAUGACGACCUUCAUCACUGAGCCACUCAAACACAUCGGCCACGGGAUCAGCGAGUUCCUCCGAGCGCUCCUCCAAGAUCUCCCAAUCACCCUGCAGAUCCCAGUCCUCCUCACCAUCGUGCUGUCCAUUUUGGUGUUCAUGUACGGAAGCGUGCAGGCCGCCUUCCGCUACGGCAUCACCGCACCUCUACGCCAUCGAACUGAUCCACCUCUCCCAGAACCGGAUCAGCCUGAUCGUCGGUCAAUCGAGGACCGGGCUCGCGCCGAGGAAGUGAGCGCACGUCCACGCUCUCCACAGAUCCGUGGUAACGAGGCCUCGUCGCCCACGAACGGCUCUCACAGAGCCCGGGGAGUUGUCAGCAGGAUGUAUGUGGAGACGCUACGCACGGCGAGUACGCCCGGCGAGUCCGAGUUGGACAGCAGACAGCGCGUGGAGAUAGGUCAGGGGGACAACAGUCCCUCAGCCACCGACAGCGACCCUCAAGCCCAGUCGGAGUCCGAGAGCUGGGCGGAGACUCAGGAAGGACAAGGCGUGGCAUCUCAACAUGACACCAAAACAAAGGAACUAGUGGGCAGCAUUGAGCAGCAGAAACACACACUUGAAAAUGGUGUGGCAUCUCAGCAUGACACCAAAACAAAGGAACUAAUAGGCAGCAUUGACCAGCAGAAACACACAACUGAAGAUGGAGGCAAGGAACAAACGACCUCAAGUGGAGACUCAACGUGUUUGAGGGACGUGGAGACGCUUGGCACACCAGUGCAGGAAACACCAUGACAGUAACACUCACUUUUUGUACUAAGCAGCUAUCAAUAAACUAAUAAUUCAUCAGACAGUAACACUCACUUUUUGUACUAAUCAAAUAUCAAUAAACUCAAUCAUUGUGUUGCUUUCUUGCAAACUGCUCACAACAAAUUCUUUCAAUCAUUUUUCAAAGCAAUUGUUUUUAUCUCUGAUUGAUUAAUUUGAUUGAUUCUCAUUUAUUUGGUGCGACUAAUUCACUGGAGAACUUUGCAACAUGACUGUAUUUAUUUUUAUUUACAAACUGACUGUAUUUUGAAUGAAUAUUUUCCUUUUUUUGUUGCAAAAAUGUAUUUUUGAGGUAACAACCCAGGGAUUGUCAACAAAUGCCUUGUUUUAGUUUGUGUAAAAUGACAUAUUCAUGUUUUUUUUUAAAUUUCAUUUAAUGGCUCAAAUAUUGAGAAAUAAAAGUCAUCCAAACA